AACAAUGUAAAGUGCUAAUAGGCCCUUCGCUGUCUUUGUUCCUUCUCCAAGUAAUUAGGCAUUGAACUUAAAACAUGGGUUUAGCAGCAGCUCUCCUCCUCCUUCUCCUGGCGGCUCCGGCAGCUCUUGCCGUGCAAUAUAUCGUCGGAGACAGCAACGGUUGGACCAGUGGCGGAGAUUACGAGAGUUGGGUUCAAGGGAAAACAUUCACCGUUGGCGACACGCUUUUGUUUAAUUAUGAUGGUAGUCACUCGGUGGAUGAAGUAUCCAAAGACGACUACGACAAUUGCAAUACCGGCAAUGCUCUAAGAACUCAUAACGACGGAAGCACGGUCAUCACACUGUCAAGUCCGGGAUCGAUGUAUUUUAUAUGCCCAACCAUAGGACAUUGUGCAGGCGGCAUGAAGCUUGCAGUCAAUGUCGUAGCAGCUGGUGGCAGCUCACCGUCCACCCCAUCGACUUGGCAUCGUUAG